ACCCGGACGAUGCCCCGGAUGCAGCAGGCAGUAUGGCGGACGCGGAGAGUGACAUAGAAACCUACGGGCUUGACUUAGCCCUGGAGGCUCUACGCAGCCGUUAUUGCGGCGAUGGGUCGCGCCCGAAAAGCGACGAUUAUUGUCGGGAGUUUUGCAAGGUGGUGGAAGAGUACACGGGCCAGUGGCAAGUUCCUCUCCCUCAGCUCAAAGUGCUGCGGACUGCAUUCUGCAGUUUCACAAAAGCCACGGCCAAGUUCCCUGAUGACUGCCAACACAUCCACAACAUCCUCAGCCGUAUGGCCUUGAGUUUCUUUGAACUUAUGCUGUUUUUUAGCAAAGAGGAAUUCGGGGAAGAACCUUUAAAAUUCAUCUUCGAAUCCUAUCAGGCGUGCCACGUGGAGCUUUUAAGGCACAGGAAUGUACAUCUUCAGCAUCUAAAGCAGAUCAUGAAAGCAGGCGGCCCCUGGGAGAAUGAAACGCUGCAAGGAAUCUUGAAGAAAAAGGAUUUGCCUGCAAAAGAGGUUGAGGAAUACUUGAGCUCGGAGUUGCCCGCUUUCUUGGAGCUGCGUGUUCGCUACCUGCAAGCUUGUGAAAGAAUCCAAGAAGCGUUGGCUCUGUCCAAAGUCUGUCUGGAGAACCAGAGGACCGGAGGACAUCUGUACUACCGUCAGGCGUACUUAACCUGCCUCUACAAGGCACAGCUGCAUGAACACCUUCACAAGGAGAUGGCAAAGCUCGAUGGCCGCGAUGCCGUGGAGAUCAUCUGCAACACGGAGCGAGUUGAAAAAGAGGAGCUCCUUUUGUCGUUAUGCAAAGCCUUCCUUGCCCAGCAGUUACACGGCGGAGACAUGUACUACACGUGGGACCUGGUGUUCAUCUGGAGCAGGUUGCAUCUGCGUGCUCACCCGUCAACACAAAACUUCCUGGCUGAGUGCUGGCAACUGGCUUCUUGUGCCACCAACGCCCGGGCCCUUUUCCCCUUCAUCAAAGUGGUUACCAGUGAGACGGGGGUCGACGGUGUGGAAGUGUGCGUUGAGCUUUGUGGCCGAGCCUUGCAGCUGUGUGACACGCACGCUGACGGCGUCGCUCAGUCGCUGGUCUUCAAGACCAUCGCCUUCCUGCUGCCCAGUGACCUGGAGAUCUGUCGAGCAUGCGCCCUGCUGGUCUUCUGUCUGCAGCCGAGCCUGGAGACCUACCGAACUGUGCGCCUGCUCUACAUGCAUCCUGACCAGGAGUCACAUCCUCAUGGCAGCCGUGUCCGAACCAACGUUCGCUUCAAAAUUCUGCAGAUGCUCAAAGAACGUCUGUGUUUCGACCCAGAGUUUUGGAAUAUCCUGACACUCAGGAGUCGCUGCUUGGAGUUGAUCGGUGACAAAGUGACCCAAGACGCUGUUCUCAACGAGACUGAGGAGGAAAAGGACUAUUGUGAUGAUGAGCUGUUGACGAGUACUGCCACAAAUGAUUCUAACACUAAAGAUUUAGGUUCCUGCGAGUGCACUGGCACUCCAGCGGAGAACCAGGACCCUCCACAGGAACCUAUUUCUGAUGGCAAGAUUGUAAGCCCGUUGAGUCACGCGCCUGUCAGGAAGAGAAAACUGCAGAAGAGAAUCCAACUGGACGAUGAUCUAAUAGACGAAGAGAACGAUCCCGAGUUCAAAUACAACCUCAAACCUUCCUCAGGGUCUGAAAAGGCCGUCUACGCACUGAGACACAAUCACACCCGGAGGGAAAACUCUGACGACACGCUCCCUAUUAACCGGGAAAACUUGUCCCGCUGUGUGAAAAGCCAGAUCUUGACGAGGAAGGGCAGGAGGAGGAGGUGGCUGCAGGGUCUUCCCACGCUGGAGAAGGCACCGAGCGUUCAGCAGAAGUUGGUGGUGGUGAAAGGGAAAAAGCGGGGCAGGAAGCCUUUAUAUAGAUGGGAAGUCUCCUACCCCGAUAAUGAGUUACCCCUUCCCAGGGAGGAGUGUGGGCCGGACCCCGCAGAGGAGGAGAUGCCUCACCUGGAGAACGAGGUGGAACUGGAGCGUGCACACCUUGAGAAGCGAGGCCAAGAAUGUGAUGUUUGUGAAGCCCUCGCUGUCCAAGGGGAGCCAGAGCUGGACGGACCUCUGCUGGACGUGGCCAGUUUCCCAGUGGAAGUGCGCCACAGUUACCAUCUUCAGUCCACACACCCUGACGACGACACGGGACAGCCUGCGGAAGCGCCCGUGCUCGGACCAGGAAAGUCACAACUCGCCAAGAAAUCAAAGAAAGCGGUGAAAGGAGGCCUUACGUGGAAGGAGAAGGUUGAGCGAGGUCAAAAAUAUGCGCACAUCAAGUACCACUGUGGCGCCUGUAAGAAAACCUACAAAGGCUUGAACGUUUGCAGACAUGCUGUUGCUCACCUGAAGACCAGCAGCAUCUGCAUCCUGUGUGAGAAGCUCUUCCAGCACCACCAAGUGGCCAAGAAGCACAUCUGGGAUCACAUCCAGGAAAUGUGCAAGAACAACAGCCAGGAAGCUCCAGCCACCAAUGGGAUGGCCAACAAGCUGCCUAAAAAGUCGCCUGAAAAGCUGCCUAAAAAGUCGCCUGAAAAGAUGCCUGAAAAACCGCCUGAAAAGCCGCCUGAAAAGCUGCCUGAAAAGCUGCCUGAAAAGCUGCCUGAAAAGCUGCCCGAAAAGCUGCCCGAAAAGUUACUCCAAAAUCCGCUAAAAAAGCCGCCGAAAGUUACGAAGAAGGAAGUUCGGAGAUUAGCGAAAGUGGAAAAUGCCAGCCUGGGUCGGGAGGCUCGAAUCAUCCGCAACUUUCGCUCGCUCAUGAAGAAGUUGAAGAAAGACGACGCCAACGUGGCGACGCUACUAAACUUCACAGACGAGCAGGUCGUCAUCAAAGACAGCCUGGUGGUGGUCUCAAGUCCACACGGGACCACGAAGGAGGAGGGACCGCAUGGACAGGACAAGUCAGCAGGAGAAAACGGCUACAGUGUGGACCUCAAGUGUCUCCUGUGUCCCUCUCUGUCCUGCGAUCGAGUCUUCGUUAAAGUCACCUCCACUGUGAUCAGACACGCCAUCAGAUGUCACCUCCACGAGGACCAGGUGCUGGAUAAGGUAUUCCUUUGGGCCAAGCACAAGUGCGCCUUCUGUCCCAGGAAACUUUGGAUCCUGCAGCACUACAAAGACCACAUGAGGCGCCACGAUCCUUCCCUGCCGCACUUCUGCUACCACUCGCACUGCGACGCACGCUUCCUCACGCCGCAGCAGCUGAAGGAGCACGUCAUUACCCACAAUCCCUUUCUGCCCCAGUGCGUCUUCGCCAACUGCGACAAGCGGUUCUUCACCUUGCCCAGUCUCCUGGACCACGAGUGGAGGCACUACGUUCCGGCGCCCGACGUGGACUCCAACGCCAACCGACUGCUGAGGGAGAACAUCGCGGCUCCUUGGAAGCAGAAGGUGAGGGUGGAGGAACUCUGGCUGCACAAACCGGCGCCGAGGGACACCCUCAAGUGGGACCGCGCGGGUGACGGGUCUCACCUCGGACUUGUGGGGGAGCCCAGCAGAGUUGUCCAGGAGGCUUGUCCGAAGGCCACGCAGAACAGGCCUGUCAACGGCUGUGAGGACACAGGACCGGAAGACCGGGACGCCUCGCCUCCCAGCACUCCUGCGGCGCCUCCCAGCACUCAUGUGGUGCCUCCUAAAAAGUCCCCGACCACCAAACCCGUUUUGGACCCCUUGAACGCCAAGAAGCCGGAAAGGCGGACUCUGUUGGACGAGGCGGUCCAACUCGACGUCCUGGAGCCGCUCAUCAUCAAGACCUUCGGCCCCCGGGAGGACUCGUGCUCGCCGUCCAGCAAGAAACCUUUCAUCCGCCCGCCGCCCAGCAGCUACAUGGACGAGUCUCUGCUGGUCAUGCGCAGGAGGAGAGACACGCACCACUCGGCUCCGGCGGAGAGCUCCUGGUGCACCAAAACCAGGUCCUACCAGCCCCACCCACAGGGCCAGGGCACGCCUAAAGAGCGGGUUAGACAUCGAUGCAUCAAGUGCUUGUCCUCCUUCAGCAGCCUGGAAGACUUGGACAAACACAAGAGUCUCAACACCUGCUCCGCGCUCUUUGGAUUCGACUCGGAUGAGGAAAGUUAGCCUGCCGCCUUAUUGAUAUCUCACUCUGCUUAUUGAUAUCUCACUCUGCUUAGUGAUAUCUCACUCUGCUUAUUGAUCAACCAUCCACCUUUUGUUGCCGACGACUAUCAAUAAUAAUUGUAAUAAUCAUCUCCUUAGAAGUGUCUUCCAAAUCAAACUUUGACCUAACCAUUAAUAUUUAAAAUCAUGUAUUUGUGCUUCACAGCUUCCACAUUAGGAUUAAUUUAAAGAAAUGUUUAUUCCAGCAAUCGCCAAAAUGUAUGAAAAUGUCUCAUACUGUACAUUAUUUACUGAUUGCCUCCUCAGUAUUUCAAGGAGCUUGAUUUGAACGCAGAAGAAUAAGUCUCUUUGCUUGAUUGUGAACAAAUCUAAUUAAUAAUUUAUGAUUAUUUUUCUAGAGAACUGUCUAUAUGUACAAACGAAAAGUGUUUUUUUUUUUUUAUAUGGUUCAUAACACCAAACUAUUUUUGUUACACAGA